AACUACAAUACUCCCGAAGUAGCCGCGUCCGCCCGGUGAAAUCGCCAUACAAAAUUGCACCCAUUCAUCUCGACGCACAAACCUUGGGGUUCCGGCCUGAACCCUCGGUGUGGGGAAAGCCUUUUGAAGCUUCAGUUCCUUAUCGCACCUUUUAAACAGGCCGUGAUCCAUCGAGACCACGGCGAGGUACAUUUGAGGUUUCCAAAGGACAUCCCCCAAUAGUCACGCAUUCGGCACAUGACGCAUCUCCUGUGGAAAUAUUACUGGGAAGACGAUGUCGACAGAUUUCGACGCCUUCUCCAGCCGGCCGGCUAUGGCGCCCAGAGUGGCGGCCGGGGAUCGAACUUGAUGCAAGGGACGGGUGGGAGUCCCGGCUACAGCACCUCGCCGCGCAACACCACGAAAUCACGCAAGAUUUCCGCAUUUUUUACGGGCUCUGGAAAUGCGCGCCAUGGGCAAACUUGCCUCGGACGCAGCGAAGUCAACAGCCGCGACCAUGUCGGACUUACCGUUUUGCUGCGCGCAGCGUCUUCGACCGCUGAGAAUGCGAUCGCGUUCGUGGAGGCACUCCUCGAACACCCGGCAAUAGAUAUAUACGUCCAAGAUCCCGAGAGUGGCUGGAAUGCGCUCCACCGCGCCCUGUACGCGGGCAACAUCGCCAUCGCCCGGCUUCUGCUUGAGAAAGAGCGGAGGGACCUGACUGGACACACGGCGCCGCUGCAUAGAGUUGGACAGCUCAUCAAGACCAAGGAUCACGAGGGCAAGACUCCAUUCGACCUGUAUAACUCGACAGUCGGAGAGCGAAAUUUGAAGGGUUUGAUAAAGCGGGAGAAGUCCGAUGAUGAGUCUGACAGUGAGGAGGCCCAGGGUACUCUGGACCACGCUCUAAGCGCCAAGGCCGCGGGUACAGCUGGCGAGGAACUGUAUGCAUUUGGCAGCAACAGGAACCUCACGUUGGGCUUCGGUGAUGAAGAUGACCGCCAAUUUCCGGAGCGAGUACACCUCAAGCGCCCGAACAGCCUAUUGCGCCGCUUCCACCGAGAGUAUCUCGAGUCGACUGGCGAGGAUGGCCCGGCAUCCCAGGAUCUGGCCAAAAUUCCAACCCUUGUGUCGAAUCGGCCGCUGAUGAUCCAAGAUGUGGUCCUGUCAAAGUUCCACAGUGCGGUGCUAAGUGCAGAUCCUGUUUCGAAUCUCUAUGUCUGCGGUAUUGGCCGUGGGGGUCGGCUCGGCCUCGGCGAUGAGAACACGCGCUUCACGUACACGCCCAUCCAGGGGCCAUUUGCGGACAGGAGGGUGGUUCAAGUUGCGCUUGGCCAGAACCAUUCCAUGGCCAUUGACGACACCGGCGCGCUAUGGACAUGGGGCAGCAAUGCUCAGUACCAGCUUGGCUAUGCACUCCCUGAACCGGCCAAGAAGGAUGAAGAUCCCAUGAGCAUGGUACCACGCCAGGUGUUCGGACCCUUGAAAAAGGAGGUCAUUGUGGGAAUUGCUGCCUCUUCCAUCCACUCGGUGGCCCACACCGGCACGUCGCUAUACUGCUGGGGGAAAAACAUCGGACAGUUAGCGCUGAUGGAUGCUGACUCGAGGUCGCUCGAGUUUCAACAAACGCCGAGGAAAGUUGCAGCGUCGUUGUUCUCGUCUCCCAUCGUCAUGGUGACUGCGAUCGACAAGGCCACGACAGUCCUGCUCCAGAACCACACCGUCUGCGUGUUUACAGCAUACGGGUACCACAUUGUCAAGUUUCCGCUCGCUGCUUUUGAUAUCUUUGGCAAUACCACCUUGCCAAACUGGUGCGAGCAGCCAGGUUGGUACCAGAUUCACCAUAUCACAUCCGGCGGGGAGACAAUUGCCGCGCUUACGAGACGUGGUGACUUGUUCACAAUGAGCCUAGAUCACAAGAUUGAGACAAACCCCUCCACCACGUCUACUACAAACCCUUCGAAGAUCAAGGGGGCGGUUACCCAACCGCAGUGCAUCUGGUCCGCCAGGCAAGACGGUGUUCGGUCUGUCGGAGUUGGCGAGCACGGAUCUGUUAUUAUCAGCACGCAAUCCGGAGCUGUGUGGCGGAGGAUCAAACGAGCGAAAGCCAAGGACGCGUCGCCGUGGGCACCGAAGUCAAAGCGAAGCGACUACAAGUUCGAACGGGUGCCAUGCAUUAGCAAGGUGACCACCGUUCGCGCCUCUGCGUUUGGUGCCUUUGCCGCCAUCCGAAAAGACACGGAUGUGAUGAAGGAGCAGAUGACGAUUGACGACCAGUCACUGUGGGAAGACGUGGCGCCGUUGAACUGCCUUCAUGACUUUACAGCGUCGGAACCCGCGGAUGAGAAGGAUGAGGUUCGGAAGUUUUGGACAAACGAUGCCCUCAGAGACCGUCUCAGCCCCGUGGCGCACGAAGUGCUUAAAUCCUCGGACAUCGAAGGUGACCUGGUGCAGCACCUCACGUCGUGGUCGUACCGGAAUGACCCACUCGAUGCAGCCAUCUGCACCUCUUCUUCACCCGGCGUCAAGAUACCUGUCCAUGGUUGGCUGCUUGCCGCUCGAAGCCCUGUCCUGCGAGGCGCGCUUGCGCAAUGCCGCAAAGCGGGGUCCUUCGCCAACGAGACAUUCAGGGUUGCCACUGAUGACGGCAAGAUCGUAAUCUGCUUCCAGGGACUCGACCUUGUCUCGUUGCUGAAUCUCGUUCUAUUCGCAUAUGAAGAUAAGGUCAUCCCCGUUUGGAACUUCACGGGCCACGUCCGACCGCUGGCGUACAGAUAUCGCCAGAUCCGCCAGGAGGUUAUGAAGCUUGCCACGCGCCUGAAGAUGGAUGUUCUGGAGGCGGCCGCAAGGCUGCAAGUGGAACCCAAGAAAUGCAUGGACCGGGAUUUCCAGCUUGCCAUCAAGGACCCCCGUUACUUUGCUGACGGCGAUGCCCUACUGGAGCUGGAUGGAGCGGAAGUCCUGGUUCACAGCGCGUUUGUUCGCCAAAGGUGCCCCUGGUUCGAGGUGCUGUACCAGGGACGCGCUGCGGGCAAGUGGCUCGAGGGCCGUCGCGCAAUCUCUGCUGAGCGGAUCACGAUUGAUCUGACCGACGCGGAUCCCAAGGCGUUCCAAUAUGUCCUUCGGUAUCUCUAUGGGGAUCAUGGCGCCGAGCUGUUUGAUCCUGCGACUAGUGACUCGUUGGAAGACUUCCUGGAUCUCGUGAUGGAAGUCAUGUCAUACGCCAAUUAUCUGUGGCUGGAUCGACUAUCACAGAUCUGCCAGCAGGUCAUGGGCAGGUUCGCCGACAUGCGCAACAUCUGUCAGCUUCUGAAUGCCAUAAACCCGUGCUGGGUUACAGAGUUCAAGUAUGUUGGGUUGGAGUAUAUCUGCCUACUGUUGGAGACCAUGCUUGAGAACGAUGUCCUCGACGAGCUUGAUGAGGAACUACUUCUCGAGCUGGAUAAGGUCGUUCGGGAUAACCAGCUUACCCACUCACGUUUCGUGAGGAGCGGCCAGGCUGAGCUGAUGCUCCACGAAAACAACCCUUGGCUGGCCGAGGCCGUUGACGAGGAGCGGCGGGUGAGGCUGAAGGAUAUUGCAUUCAAGGCACAAAGAGAAGAGGAGAGGAAGCUGUCGUCGGCGAAAACCAGAUACGGGAGCCUUGAUGACGCCAGUCCCCUUACACCCACCCCUGAUAGAGUCAGGAAGGUGUCAAAGGGUCAUUUGAAGGAGCUUUCCAGCCCUAGCCUUCGCCCCGAGGCCUCACAGGGAGACCUCAUCUUCGAUAUGGACGACGAUGAGCCCUCGUCUGUCACGAGCCCUUCCGUACGGCCUCGGAGAUCUGUCGAAGGGUCGACCGAGCUGGAUCAGAUCCCGCCACUGGGAAGCUCCUGGAAGAGCACACCGAAGAAGAUACGUAUCGAUCUCCAACCGUCGCCCACGGCCAGUCCGUUAGGCACGCCGCAGAAUCAGGCUGUGGCGGUUUCAACACCUACAAAGGCUGCACAGCCUUGGGGGACUGCGCCACUAGCAGCUUCAAAGCUAGACCUCCGCGACAUCAUCCAAUCGGAGGCGCAAAACCGGUCGGCCCUCUCAACAGGCCUAGCGGAGCAGAGAGCCAAAGCGGCAAUUUCAAAAGGCACACCGCCAAAAUUGUCACAGAAGGAGAAAAAGCGGCUGCAGCAGGCAUCCCAAGCAGCGCAAGCAGCCCUGCUCGGCGUCAAGGGGGGCCCUCCCAAGAAUGUCUGGGAACGCUCCGCCAACGAAACCCAGCCUUCCCCGUGGAAGACGGUUUCCACCAAGGGCCAGACACCGUUGGAGGGAGGUCCAUCAACAGAUUGCAACCCGGCAAAGGGCCUUCUCCCUACGGAAGCUGCCGUGCCAAUCUCUAGACGCACCGCCUCCCCUGAUACCCGCUUCUCCGGACAGCGCACACCAAGCAGUUCCUCCACCGUUCUCACCACCAAACUCAACCCCCCAGUCGCUGCGAAACCAAAUAAUAACAGCAGCGAUAACAACAUGGCCCCCCGAGCCACCUCUUCGUCUACGUAUACCGACACUCAACAGCCCACCUUUAGCAAGUCACCACUGGUUCCACACUCCAAAGUCUACAUGCCUCCCGCACCCAAGGCCGAACCCCUGCUGGGUCUCAGCAUGCAAGACAUUAUGGGCCAGCAGACGCGCGACAAGCAGCAGGUCAAGGAAGCCGUAGCCAAACGGCCGUUGCAAGAAAUCCAACAAGAGCAAGCCUUCCAGGAGUGGUGGGACGCCGAGAGCCGGCGGAUGCAGGAGGAGGAGCGCCGGCGGAUGGAGAGGGCUGGGCGAAAUGAGCGGGAAGAUAACGGUAGACGUGGGAGGCGAGGGGGUAGAGGGAAGGGAAGAGGCGGCGGCGCCUCUGGUGCUGGCGGUGGGAAUGGGAAUAACAAUGCUAAAGAUGAGAGAAGUGAUGGGAACGGGAACGCCGGUGGCGAUGGAGGUGCAGCGGCGAGUUCCAGGGGUAGCAAUAGGAACAAGGGAAAGAGACAGGCCAAGGGUAGAGGGGUGGUGGCGAUCGGGGUGGAGGGGAGUAGGCAGGAGACUGCGAUUGUUUCUGGCGGCGGGAAGUAAUACAGAAUAUGAUAUGUGUAUAAGCAUACAGGAUAAAGGAGGGAUUGCAUCCGGAGGGAUUGAGCGGCUGUACAUAAGUACCUUACAUCUGCAUCUCGGGCUUGGGAUGGAUAUCUGCAUUUCUUACUGCUGCAUUUAUGAGUUAGAGGGGAUUCGCUUCGGAAACGGCUCUGACUGGGGAGUCUGUAUACUGUAUUGUAAUGUUAGCAGGUAGCAUCUAUUACAAGAAGGUUGUGGUCUCGAUGUGGCAGACUGUCAGCUUGAAGAUCACGGAGCCGAAGACUAUGGAAGAGAAUUAAGACUUCAAUU